AUGUCUAGCGGUCAGCAGCUCUCUAUCCGCGGUGCAAGAGCUGCGUGCCGAAGUCUUUUCGGAGCGGUCGAUCACGAGGAGCUGAACCGGGACAUCGAGGCAAAGCUGCGCGAGCUCUCCGAGCAGGACCAGAAACGGUGGAAUUUUAACUUCGUCACUGGCACACCGUUACUCGGAGACUACGAGUGGGAGGGAGCCGCGGGGGAAGCGACGCCAGCGUUUUACCAGGAGUCGGUCCAAGUAGGGAAAAGGAGGGCUGUUGCUCCGCACGUGAAGCCGCACACAGAGGCUCCUGACCGGGAGAACCGCGCUCGAGAGGACGCUGCAGGCGGAACUGUUUCUCCCGAGAGCGCGAGCGCAGGAAAGCAGAGCCGCACGAGGAGAAGAGCACGCGCGCAUCUCGCGAGCACUCCACGCCUCAUUACAGAUUUUUACGUCAAACGAAAGAAGCUAGGAGGAGAUCUAAAACGGCGAGAGAGUGCGACUCAGAACAACUUCUACUCCCUCUCCUGUGAACGAACACCACAUAAACUACUGCGGUGA